GCACGUCCUUGUUGAAUGAAUAAACCUCUCCCUCUAUAUAUCUCUAUCUAUUGCGUUGUGUUGAGUUUGAAUCACUCAAACUGCGGCGAGACGACGCCUCCCUUGAAUUCAUAAACCAUCUCUGGUCUCCUCUCUUUUUCCUCCGCUCCGCUCUGCUCUGCCAGUCAACCGUCGACUAGCAGGCAGAUCUCUUGAUUUGGUCUUCUUCUCCGGCAGCGGCAGACUCCUUUCGUGCGUGUUGAGGGAAAGCCAAGGAAGAAACAGAAAGCGCGAUGAGCAACGGAGAUCAUGGCCAUGUCGAAUACCAAGAGGAGUACGUUGUGAACUCGCGGGGGAUGAGGCUCUUCACCUGCAGAUGGCUGCCCAAGAAACCAAUCCCAAAGGCGCUCGUCUUCCUGUGCCAUGGGUACGCGGUUGAGUGCGCGGUGACGAUGCGCGGCACCGGGGAGCGCCUGGCGCGAGCCGGGUACGCCGUCUACGGCCUCGACUACGAGGGACACGGCCGCUCCGACGGCCUCCAGGGCUACGUCCCGGACUUCCAGGCCCUCGUCGCCGACUGCGACGACUUCUUCACCUCCGUCGUCUUCCAGUACUCCCACGGAAACCAGACCUGCAGCAGGUUCCUUCUGGGCGAGUCGAUGGGCGGCGCGGUGGCGCUCCUCCUCCACCGCGCCCGUCCGGACUUCUGGACGGGCGCCGUGCUCGUGGCACCCAUGUGCAAGAUCGCAGAUGAGAUGAGGCCACACCCUGUGGUGGUGAACAUCCUGAGGGCGAUGACCAGCAUCAUCCCGACGUGGAGGAUCGUGCCCACGAACGACGUCAUCGACUCGGCAUACAAGACUCAGGAGAAGAGAGAUGAGAUCCGGGAAAACCCCUACUGCUACAAGGGCAAGCCACGCCUCAAGACCGCGUACGAGCUCCUCAAGGUCAGCUUGGACCUCGAGGCCAACCUCCUGCCCCAGGUGUCAUUUCCUUUCCUGAUCGUGCACGGCGGGGCAGACAAGGUGACGGACCCAUCGGUGAGUGAGCUGUUAUUCCGAUCGGCGGCGAGCCGGGACAAGACGCUCGAGCUCUACCCGGGCAUGUGGCACGCCCUUACCUCCGGCGAGUCGCCCGACAACAUCGAUGCCGUCUUCCGCGACAUCAUUGCUUGGCUCGACCACAGAUCCCCAACGUCGUCAGCGGAGGAGCUGUCGGAGAUGGAGCAGAAGGCCAGACACGACGACCACCCAGCUGCAUCAGGAACAAACUAAAUGCAAUGCAUAGCUAGCGUAGAAACCAAUUUAGAUUCACAUGUCAAUGAUACUAUACUAUCAUAGGUGCCUUAGCUACAGGAGUUCAACGAGAUCAUAUAUAUAUAUCGUCUAGUGUAUAAUUUACAUCACAAUUCAACCUACUGUUAUGUACGGCUUACUCCCAUAUUGUGGCCAAAUGGGUAGCCUCGGCCGGCCGUUAGCCAAGUGGGCUUUACCGAGCUAGCCCGCAUGCCAAGCAUUUGGCCUAAGCACGGCGCUGUUUUCGUGCUCUACACCCUCCACCACGUCCCGCCGGUGCUGCGUUCGUUCCGUCUCGCCGAUUUAUGUGUUAUUUUUUAUGUGAAAUGAUUUAGAUAUAAUCUAUGUGAUUUUCUAGAUAAAUUUAGAAUUUUUUUCAUAUUAUAUUUGAAAAAUUUUAUCUACCAUCGAUAGAAUUCCGAUAAAUCCGAUAAUUCUGUUUACUACUAACUUUCCAUAAACUUUUAUUAUCGAUAAAUUUUUCCUUGUGACACCCUCAUCGCCAACAUCUACCGCGACAAUCUCCGCCUGCUCCGGAAGCAGCGGCAGAGGAUGGACAGGGUGGGCGCCCGGUCGGCGACGGUGGAGGUGCGGUGGCGCGACGUGUGCGUGGAGGUGGUGCAGGGAAGCCGCUCCCCACCAUCUGGAACGCCGCCGUCUCCAACCUCCAGCUGGCGAGCAGCAUGCUGGGCUUCAACCGGCAGCAAGCGAGGAUCCGCAUCCUCGACAAUGUCAGCGGCAUCGUCAAGCCUUCGAGGCUGACGCUUCUCCUGGGACCCCCAGGCUACGGCAAAACCACCCUCCUCAAGGCACUCGCAGGCAAGCUCAACACCAAUCUCAAGGUAACAGGAGAAAUCGAGUACAAUGGCGUGAAGCUGAAUGAGUUUGUUCCGGAGAAGACGGCAGCCUACAUCAGUCAGUAUGACCUCCAUGUCCCUGAGAUGACUGUCAGAGAGACCCUCGACUUCUCUGCAAGAUUCCAGGGUGUUGGCAACAGAGCAGAAAUCAUCAAGGAGGUGAUCAGAAGGGAGAAGAGGCAGGGAUUACCCCUGAUCCCGAUAUCGACACAUAUAUGAAGGCAAUAUCUGCGGAAGGUUUAGAAAGGAGCAUGCAAAGAUACUACAUUAUGAAGAUCAUGGGACUUGACAUAUGCGCCGACAUAAUGGUGGGAGAUGCAAUGAGAAGAGGUAUUUUAGGUAGUGAAAAGAAGAGACUAACCACAGGUGAUUUUACAAUAUUUAGAAUUGUAUGAGGAUGAUGUUUUGUUAUCCAAACUAUAGUUCUGUAGGGCUUGAAUUAGAUACUACAAUUAAUUGACUAAAAUUCUUUAAUUUCUGAUGGAAUGCUAUACGUCAUUUCAGUUUCA